UACACGCAGUGAAAUCGAUCGUGUGUGCUGUAUUGAUGAUUGAACUGAGUAUUGUUCGAACUGUUGUCCAUCCCAUCUUGCGAUAGGUGCCAUUUCUCAGAGUCGCCGACUCAAGUGUUAGUGACUCUCCUUUGUCUCCAAUUUGUUUCUGCCCUGUGUUUGUUUCGCGCCGAGAUUUUCGUGUUCGUUCGUCUGUGUUGCUGGAUCCCUUUUCGGAAGAGCGACGCAGUGUAAUUAUCUUUAGAGCCAGUCGCGUGCGACAUUGCCGGAGGGAAAAACACCAACUACUGCCUAGGUCUUUUAAACAGGUAGAUGACUCUUCUAACUGCGUGACUCACGGCGACGGUAUAUUACGUGGUGGACGGCUACGGCGCUACGAGUACUUUAGGCUCGAACGUACGUGACCGCCUUGUGUUUGGUUCUGUGUGCUGAGUCAAGAAUUCCGCGUCACGCAACUGAUACCAGUGAGGCUGUCAGCCAUUGCCAAUUAAGUAGUUACCAAUAGCGGAACACAACCAUAGCAGCGGUUAUAAUCAUGGGAAACCACAAUUCGAUUAUGCUUUCCGAGGAGGAAAUCGCUGAAAUUCAGGCUGAGACUGGUUUCUCAUCGAACCAAAUCGAGCGGUUGUAUUCACGUUUUGUCAAUCUUGACCGAAGUGACAAUGGCACGCUGUCUCGGGAAGAUCUACUGCGCAUUCCAGAACUAGCUAUCAACCCGCUGGGCGAUAGAAUCGUUCACACAAUAUUUGCCGACGCCUUCGACGACCGUAUCAAUUUCCGCCAGUUCAUGCGAGUCCUGUCAAGGUUCCGCCCCAUCAAAAAGAACAAAGACAACAAGCUGAAUUCGCGCGAACAAAAACUGCAGUUUGCCUUCAAAAUGUAUGAUCUCGAUGAUGACAAUAAGAUCUCACGGGACGAACUGCUUGCCGUUCUCCAUAUGAUGGUUGGUGCGAACAUCUCUAACGAGCAGCUAAGUUCGAUAGCCGAUCGGACAAUUAUGGAGGCUGAUCAGGACGGCGACAAUAUGAUCUCUUUCGAAGAAUUUUGUGCCACGUUGGCCAAGACUGAUGUCGAGGAGAAAAUGAGCAUACGAUUCCUUAAUUAGAGACAAGAGCGAACUCCACCCAGUACGUUUGAUACGAUGCAGAGAUCUGUAAACGUGGAAAAAAGCGGUAGUGAUCGCUCUCGCCGACAGAACAACAGUUAAAUAAGCCACGACGUUCCAAUAUACUAUAUGAACCCCAUAAAUUCCAACGAGCAGCCCCCUGGCCUUUCGUGGUUACUUUUGUCGGACGUAUUUAGCUAACACAGAAAGAACACAGUAAGCGAAAUCACAAGCUUUGCCAGACAUCUCCAGGAAGCUUGAAUUAAUCGGACAGGCGAAAUUUCACUCCACACCACCCUUAGUUAGAAAGUCAUAUUUCCCGUGGUUCUAUAAGUGAGUGCAUGUGUGCUCAGCAUUUCCAGUGCCACUUUACACAUUAUCUAUGGCGACCUUUGGCGGCAAUCGAAGCAGCUUUCAUACAAGUGGCUAAUAACGUCAUUUCAGCAAAGAGAAGAUUGUCCUUUUUUUAAACGACGGUCCAUCUAAAAUUCUACUCUAAAAAUAUGUUUUAAUUGAAAAUAAUUUACAAAAUAUUUUGAAGGUAUUUUUUUCCAACCAGUAAAUGUCAGUUAGCUAUAACAGAUAGCCGCCGACACUACAAACCAAUAUGAAGCUGAGCAACAGAAAACGAUAAGUAUUGCCAGUUUGGAAAACUUAUAGAGAGAUAAAUUUGCUACUGCAUCUCCCCUCAGCGGUUCCUUAGUUUACAGAUAUGACUGCGCCUCAAAACGAAUUUCUUACGUCAAAUUUUGGUCCAUCCUAAUAAAUGGUUACAGAGGUAAAUUCCUCCGGAGAAAAAUCGUCAGCGAAGGCAUACUGACUGUUACCUGUUCAUGAAUUACAGAAUCAGCCCGUUUAAACUAUUCGAUUACGUUCAAGAACGUGAUGAUAGAAGAUCUCCGCUUUGUCUUCUUCUAAGAUAUUAUACAGCGAGCAGCUUUAACAGCUAUUAGAUUACCAGAACAGCUCCUGAACUAGCUUCGAGUCAUUGGUGCAAUUUAAGCGUUGUAAAGACUCUGCCGUAUACAGUAAAAGUCAGAACGUUGAUGACGCUCUGCCUUUUGCAGACAUAUUUGUUUGAGGCCUGCUUAAUAAGCUGGGACUCUGUGUCCGGAACAGACGUUAACUGACUGACCCGGCUCAGUCCAUGGCGUUUUGUAACGCGCGAUUAUUCAAGAGGACAGCAGAUGUAGAGUACCGCACAGGCUUAGCCUGCGUUUUUUCGCUGUCCAAUUGUCAGAAUGAGACGUCUGCAGAACUUACCAUUGUAUUGCUGGAUUCACUGUGCACCUCCUCAUUGUCAACUAUUGUCUAUUUGCGCUCAAAAAUAGCGACUGGUGUAAGAGAAAUUCGAGGUGCAAUAAGGCCGAAUCUGAACUUUAAUUGGUUAUAGAAACGAAAGCUAAUUAUUGUCCUGUGUUAUAGGUGCAUCCAAAAGAUAACAGGGAUGAUAGUAAAAUAUAAAUAAUUGGUCGUAAGAUUAGUAGUAAAAUGUAACACUAAAAAAGAAGACGAACAUAUAGAAAUCACUUAAUGUGUGUGUUAAAAGAAAAAAAAAACUGGUAUUUAGCGCUAACGAGCGUGUUGGACAACAAUUGCCUGUAUGACGGCUUUUGCGCCGUGAUUUGUUAGUUUAACAACAUGCAGCAGAGCUUUGCUGUGCUUCUUGUUGAGCAAAAUACGUGUUAAAGAAGUCCUUGCAUAUAGUUGCUCAUAACUUGAGAAGACCGUGACAGUAUUCCUGUGGUGAAUACCAUAAACCAGUUGAAUCCUGAUUCGUUUGUACAAUAAACAAAUAUGCAACCAUUCCUAAAGUAGCUGGUUUACCCAUUGUCACCAAUUUGUGUGAGGAUCCUUCCAAUAUCCGAGACUCCAACGAGGUUUAUCAUUAAAACGUCAUAUACUCGAGGUAAUUUUUCGCAUUUUAAUAGAACCAAUCAUACUCGGAACACGCAAAGAACUUCCUCAGUAUAAACUUUAUAAGAGUGUAUAGAUAUGUCAUCACCUAACGAGGGGUUUGAUGCAGGAUCCACGAAGUUGUUGUCGUAUACUUUUAGGGCGCGGCUUGAAAAAUAAGUGGAAAAUAAUGUUGUUCAAUAUGAACGCGACACAGAACGUAUAGAUUAGAGGGCACUAUUUUAGAGGCAUGUGCCCAUGUUACGUUACCAGAGGUAUUUUCGUAUCUAAAUAUAUAUUGCAUGUUGUUAAUGUUGAAUGACUGAUUAUUAUUAUUAUUAUCAUUGUUACCACUCUGUGUAAACAUAGUGAAGCAUGUCUGCACUGACAACGGCGUGGUGACGACAACGAGACAAAAGUGACCAAAGCAAGAAGAUUUUUCUAGGAGUGUCACCAAGCAAAGGAUAAUAAUAAUAAUAAGAUUAAUAAAAUAUUUGUAGGUAUAUAGAUUUAGCGAACGCUGUUCUGGUGUACCUAGACAAGAAGAUCAUAGCGUAAAAGUUUUGUUGUAAAUUACGAUAAUACACGAAUUUACAAUAUGGGACAAGAAGCAAUUAGUCAACGAUGACAAUUGUCUCAACAUAGGGAAGUGCAAUGCUAUACAGGAGAACGGUUUUGAUGAUUGAAAUUAUUACGACGUUGUUUAACAGGAAUAUUAAUCUAAAUAUCAUAUUUAUAUCAGUAUACCCCCUUAUUACGUCGCUCGUUAGCAUUAUAUAUAAAGAGAAACAACUGAAUAAAAAUGUAUCUAAGAUAAA